AUGACGACACCGCAGACCGUGCGUCGCUGGAUUCUCACGGGCGCAGUCGCAGCCAUCACCGUUACUGGGUCCAUUUACGGCGCUACAUUGAAGAGUGACAUUGAGGUGCACAAGCGACGAAAGCAAAUCCUCGAAGCUACACCAGAAGAGCAAAUCGAGACGCUCGACAUCGCACGUGCGCAAUUGGUGUCCAAGAAGAAUGAGUUGGAGAGGAAGAUUGAGGGCUUCCGGGAACGCCGGUUGAGGGAGAAAGAGAUCUCCCUAGCUCUGACGACCAAGUCAUUCGCAGUCACGCAUCCGACAUCGAGGAACCGGCAUCAACAUUGGCUGUUUGAAUCUUGCCUCAAGACCCAGCUUGCUAGAAUGUCCACUUUUCUCCGGAGAUGCUUCGCACACUUCUACACGGAUCCACAUUGCACUCCACACCACCUGCACUUCAACGGCUGCCAUGCCUGCCCGGCCCGUCGCAACAACCUCCCCGCGGACUCGCUAGAUAUAACCGAUGGUCCUGCAAACCACAUGCAGACUUGCGCAGAACAGAAACACGGAACGAAUGCAGCAGUAGGAUCGGUAAAUCCAGGACUCUCGCUCCUCUCUGGGAUGCGUAUGCGUCCCCGGGAAUAUCGCUUCUUGUUCGCCUGCGCACGACACCAGCACCAAACGUAA